AUGCCUGGGACGCCCCCACUCCUCCCUUUCGAAGUGUCUUCCACGACCUACUUCCGUCCGGAAUGCAGCCAUCCUCAGCUGUUCCAGACUGAGUACAAGAGGAGUAAUCGCACGAAGGGUUUAAAAAUCCUCAGAUGCUUCCCGCACUGCUGCCCUGAGCACAUCGACCGCAGUUACUGCGGCACUUCUUUGAGUGUGCGCAUAGAGUUAUCGACCUGUCCAUCUGCUGCAUCGAAAGAGCCACCAAAGUGUGAGAACGUAGCCGUCUUUGCACGCUUCGAAGCUGUGAGCGACGUGAGCCUUCGACCCAGCGAGUGUGUCGAGGUCGACACGAUGGUGGCUGGGACGCAGUCCGAAGACAACUUGGAGGGUCAGUGGGUGGCUGGUACACGCGAUCGUCCGUCUGGACUAGUGACCACCCUUCGCGCUCCUGAGAUGCCAUCGGGAGACCAUAUCUCGCUCGUGUUCCACCUGAAUGGCAAACCGUUUUCACGCUGGUACUAUGACUGGGAGAGCGGUGCCAACAAGGCCCAGCGAUUGAUGAAACACGUCCUUAAGUCAUACGUCGUCGAGCAUUGUGCUGUUGAUGCGAACGACAAUUUCGUGAGCCUUACGAGUCAGCAAGCUUGCAAGCAACUGUAUCGAGUGCUUCACGUCGUGAAGUCACCGGAAUUCACCGUCAUUUCGUACCUUCGUGCACCUUCUGAUCCCUACCAGACAGCGCUCUUGCCGUCACAUUCAAUGUCAGGGGAUGAUAUCCUAGCGUAUGAAGGCACACAACUUUCGUACGCUUUAGUGACUGUGAAGGUAGAGCCUUCGCUCACACGGACAGAACGGGCAACGCAAGAGCGGCCGUCGGAGCUUCCGCAUGUACUUUCACCCUCGACGGAGGUGUGCGAACGGAGCAUUACAAAGUCUCUCAUUUGGAGUACUCAAGUCAGAUGA